GUUAGUUUAAGUUGGUUCAUUCGACUGUGAUGUUAUUAUAAAAAGAUCAAUAGAAAUACUGACUGUAUUGAAUGACUGAAUUGUUUUUGUGGACUGAAGAGGAAACUCGUAAAUCAUUUGAAUCAAAAUGGAAGAGCUACGUGAAGCUGUAAUAAAUGGUAUAGAUGAACAUACAGAAGCUUUAAAUGAAAUCAGUCAAGAAAUAUGGAAGAAUCCUGAAUUAGCUUUUGAAGAACAUUCAGCUCAUAAUGUGUUAACUGACUUUCUGGAGAAAUCUGGAUUCAUUGUAGAAAGUCAAUACAAAUUAAAAACAGCUUUCAGAGCUACAUAUGGUGAAUGUGAUACAGUGCCUCGUAAACCUCAUAUAGUGGUCAUCUGUGAAUAUGAUGCUUUACCUUCAAUUGGUCAUGCUUGUGGUCAUAAUUUGAUAGCUGAAGUUGGUAUUGCUGCUGGUCUAGGCAUUCGAGAUGCUCUUGCUAAGUCUACUGAAAAUUUAGGAAAGUUAACCAUAUUAGGAACACCUGCUGAAGAAGGUGGUGGUGGUAAAAUAGAACUAAUAGAUCAAGGUGUAUUUGAUGAUGUUGAUGUUGCUAUGAUGGCACAUCCUACUCCAGCUACAUACCACAAGAAACCUCUACUAGCUAGAAGCAAAUUAUAUAUAAAAUAUAAAGGUAAAGCAUCCCAUGCUGCAGGAUUUCCCUGGGAGGGUGUCAAUGCUCUUGAUGCUGCAGUGUUAUGUUAUCAAAAUAUAUCUUGUUUACGUCAACAGUUUAAACCAACUUGGAGGGUUCAUGGUGUAAUAAUUAAUGGUGGAGUCAAACCUAAUAUAAUACCUGAUAUAACAGAAUUAGAAUAUUCUAUUAGAGCUCCGACUGAUCCAGAACGUAAAAUAUUAGAGACUAAAAUAAUCUCGUGUAUAGAAAGUGCUGCUACAGCAACUGGAUGUUCUGUUGAAUACCACACAGCAGAUAAAACCUACAAUGCCAUGAUACACAAUGAUACAUUAUGUAAACUUUAUGAGAAGAAUGCUAUCUCAGUUGGUGUAGAGUUUACUAAUGAUGAAGAAGAUAAAACCAUUGCUCUAGGGUCUAGUGAUAUGGGCAAUGUAUCAACUGUAGUACCAAGUAUACAUCCUUGUUUUCAUAUGGGAACAUUAGCUGCUAAUCAUACUAGAGAUUUUACUACUGCAGCAGGUGCUCCAGAAGCUCAGCCAUUCACAUUAAAUCAAGGCAAAUCUCUAGCUCUAACAGCACUAGAUAUUUAUCUCCAGCCAAAAUUACUGGAGACCAUUCAAGCAGAUUUUGAGAAAGAUAAAAAGAAAUUGACAAUUAUGGUCUGAAGCCAUUGUAAAGAUGUUUUCUAGUCCCAUUGAUAUUUUUAAUUGCAACUACGACCAAAUUAUUUUUACACCAGCUAAUUUUAAUCAAAUUGUAUUCGUUAUGUUAAAAUGAUGCACUUGUAUAAAAACUGCAUUCCAGAACUAACAAGGUUGUAAUUGUAAUAUUUCCAGUUUAUUAUUUGUUAUUGUCCCUUGUUAAUAGAUGCCUCGUUUGUGAGACACUGAAAGCGAGGUUCAUAAUGCAAAUUACGUCAUCCAUUGAUAAGAUGUUGAUGUCAUAUGAAUGAAUAACAUAUGUGACGUCACUUAACACUCAAUCAACAGCGAGAAAACAGGCUUAAAAUUUUACUGCAGUGACAACAUGAUAUCUUUUUUGUUUGAUGAGCCUUGUUCUGGAUUCAAUUUGGUUGACCGUUAAAGCGUGAAUAAGGUCUAUGUCAUAGUUUGUUGUUCAGGUGAGAACAAAAUAUUAAGUUUUGUGCGAUGGAAGCUGUUUGAUUUGAGUUAUAAAUAGCUUUGAUUUCAUAUCAUUCAAAAUGUAAAAUGAUUGUAAAUGGCAGCCCAAUUUGUAUUGUUAAAGAACAGAUAUAUAUAUUUAAUAUUAAGAAAUCCAUGAAUAAUGAUGACGCCUUAUUUUGAAUGAUUAAUAAAUAUAUAGUGCCUAAUAUUAACCAAGAAUAAUGUGUAGCCAAAAUGAAGUAUGAAAUUAAAAUGUUCAUCUGUCAAACUCUUUCUUAACUUCAAAUCUUCAGUCACACACCACCUGGUGGUCUGUGGUUUGAUUGUUACAAUUCUGGAGAUACGUUGUCAUUCAAACCCAGCUCCCUUUGUAAUAAUGGUUUAUGGUCCAUGGUUUAUUUUAGCCAAAUAGCUUGUAAUAAAUGAAUUUUUACCAACUG